AUGGUGUCAGAAAAGGCCAGGUCCGAAGCCAUCCCUGUCAGACAACAACAGGCCCCUCCCUUGGCAGUGUCAGUAUCUGCAUUUGGUCAUUGGUGCUGUGACUGGUGGUGUCAGCAAGCAGGUGAGGGGCAGGUGAAGCAAGACUCUGUGGGCACCAGGGCCUUCCACGUCCCACAUAGUGUAAAAUGUGGUUCUGUGGCCAAAAGAAAGAUAGAAAACAACAGUGAAGGAGAUAAAGCUCUCUGGAAUGGGAAAUAUCUGGGCUCUAAUUCCUGCUUCCUGAAGCUCAGGUCUUCUGUGAACUGCCAAGAUGAUCACACAUACCCAGGCACAGGUGUCCUCAGUAACCCAGAGACCCCUGGUAUCCCUCAAAUAUUAUAUCAGAAGGACAAGGACACAAAAACGUGGAGUGACUUGACCACUCCUCCAAAGCUCUGUGCUGAUGCAAGCAUUUUUUUUAAAAAAUAUGGGGGAUGGCCUCCAGCGGGGAGGGCUGAGGCUGGGGCGGGACGACCGCGCUGCACCCUGACCCGGCCCCGCCCCGGGGGUGUCCCUCCUGCCGCCGCCGUCAGCGCACCACUCCCGGGACGGAGCCUGUGCGUCGCGGGGCGCACCCUGGCGCACCGGGCGGCCUUCGCGCUGCUGCUCUACGGCCUGCUUGGCACCCAGGUGCCUACCCGGGGCCAAGAUUUUGAUUUAUCGCAUGCCCUUGAUGACCAUGACAAGAAACCCACUCCGGCCCCACCAAAACAAGCCACCGAUGAUAACUUCAAUUUAGAAGAUGCCCUUGGUGGAGGGAACAAUGAACUAGUGUCACCCGAACCACCCAAGCCAAAACCUAAUCCAAACCCCAACCAGCCCGGCUCUUCUGAUAGCUUUUCGGAUUUGGACCUUACUGAUGCGACUUCAGGUGGAGGAGGCGGUGGUGGCGGAGACCAGAGGCAUGGCUCGGAGGAGCAGGCCGACUCCCCGGGGGUGGUCCCUGGGGUCGUCGGUGCCGUCGCAGUCGCCGUGGCCAGAGCCAUCUCCAGCUUCAUCGCCUACCAGAAGAAGAAGCUGUGCUUCAGAGAGAACGCUGACCAAGGCGAGGUCAACAUGGAAAACCAUCAGGGCGCCAACGCCAAGCCACCCGUUCAACAGACCCUUCUAGAGAAAUAGAAGGUCCGCAGCCAAGUGGUUCAUAGCAUGAUCUCGAGCUUGCCUGCUGAGCCUCUCCAAAGAUCGCCUACAGGGACAGGGCGGCCCCGCUGGGAACAAGCCCCGGCUUGUCUGUGCCUUUGCUCAAUUUGGGAUUCCUAGUUUUAAUCUUGAGGUGCGUCACCACCGUGCUGGGUGGGUGAGAUUGACUUGUGAUGAGUUUUGCCUCCAGAGGGGAAUUACACUCACGUUCUCCACGGCCCUAAGGGGUUUCCCGUGUGCUGUGAAAGGCUGACCGACCAAGUCCCCAUCAUUCAACCCCACUGAAGUUCCCCAAACAGAAACUCCGGGCUGUUUACAAAUUGCCUGUAAAUUGAAUGCGUCUGAACCUCUGCUACGUUGACCCUUUUAUAGAGUGAGGUAAGCCUUCAGCUAGUUUCCUCAAAAGUUCUUCCAUUUAUUAGGAGUUUUUUUCCCACACCAAACUAAUAAAAAGAAA